GGAGAGAUUAGAGAAGGAGAUUGAUCAGAGGUUGGCUUGUUGGGCUAUUUCGUUCUAUCGGCCCAUAUCUUCUCUGCACGGAGACUGACUAAUCAUAGCUGUACGAGCUCUAGUGCUCUACUUUCAAAAGCUGCGUGUUACAUGACUUGCAAUGGAGGAACUGUACGGACACCGGAAUCCUUGAAACGAACCGGUGGUUCUUCGCCAUCGAUAGCGAGAGAAUCGAUGCCCAUGAUUUCUUACCCCUUCAAUUGCACCGUAAAGGUUGUAUUGGCUUUAUUGGGGAUCAAUUCGCACCAAUUGGGACUGGGGUUUUGUUAAAAAAAAAAAAAAACAAUUGUGAUAAUGCGAAUCAAGUACUGACGACGAUCGGGAAUUACGAGAGGGAUAGGUUUCAUGGUGCAUCGGUGGGGUAGCAUCACACAUUCAACCUAAGGUGUUCGUUAUAUUGGAAGAUCUUAUUAGCCCCAAAUCCGAUCAACAGAUUUAUCUCUGAAAAAUUCAAAGACUUAUAUACUUGAUGGACAUGGAAAAUGGAGCUGAUGUGGUGCUGAUUCUCUUCUCCACAAAUCCUUGGUAGGGCUUCAUUGUCCGUCAGCAUGAGUUGUCAGAGACUGACAUUUCCUCAACACUAAGGCAAAUGGCACUAUGGCAGUAUGAACGAACAGUCUUAAAAAGAUUGCAGGCAUCAGAAAGCUACAUUGCCAGCUCAAAAAGCUUCAUUGCCACAUCCUCACAGAGUCACUUGAGAAAAAAAAAUGUCACUAUGCUGCAUUAGGAUUGUGUGAUUGCAAAGAUGUCUCAACUAAUAAGGUUAUUUUAUGAUUUUAUCUCCAUUCGGCCAUUAAAGAACUUGGAAUUAUUAUCCAAAGUUUGCCUGAUUACCUAAUUCUCCCUCUUUCAAUCUUCUGAAUCAGUUGCUCAUGAACAACAGUAUAACUACCAGAAUCCACUUUUCCCUUAUUGUUGCAUGAGAAUUUUUGAUGAAAGAAGACUUGGUCUUUUCUGCAAUAUCUUACCAUAUCUUUUCUUUUUAAAAAACAUCUUUAUGAGUCAUAUCUCUAUUACUUUUUCCUUAUGAUGAACAAUGGUGACUCAUGCAACAGAAAGCUAAUAAUUCACCUACCGCAUCCAUGAUCCAUCCCUUUAAAUACAUCUCCUGAAUCCAAACUUCCAUAUCAAUCACAGCAAUCCCUCUUCCUUCAGUCAAGAAGACUCUUUAGCAGUUGUUUAGGAGACACAAUUGAAAGUCAAGCCAGUGAUCGAAAAAUGAAGAAUCCAGUUCAAGAACAAGUCUUUGGAAUUCCAAUCAACUCUGGUUCAUAUCAAGUUGUUAGGUCACCCAGAGUAAGAGGCUAUUUACCUGGAUCUGAUGGCCAGUACAGUCUUUCAUUUCCGGUGAAUGGAUCUUCCACUUGCAAGAACAGGAAAGUAUAUUCUGUGCUAAGAACUAUGAACAAGCUAGGCAAGAAAGCAGACACUUUUGCAGCUGGAAUCCGAGAGCACGUGAGACUGGGACCAAAGAUCACUGAAACGGUGAAAGGGAAGUUGAGUUUGGGGGCUAAAAUUCUUCAAGUAGGAGGCAUGGGAAGGAUCUUCCGGAGGCUAUUUAACGUCAGUGAAGGAGAGAAGUUGUUGAAGGCUUCCCAAUGCUAUUUGUCUACAACAACAGGUCCUAUUGCAGGCCUCCUUUUUAUUUCCACAGACAAGAUUGCCUUUUGUAGUGAGAGAUCAAUGGAAUUCUCUUCUCCAGAUGGAGAAUCUGUUCGAUUCCAUUACAAGGUCUUGAUUCCAAUUGCAAAGGUCAAUGGAAUUAACCAGAGUGAGAAUGUGAAGAAUCCAUCCCAAAAGUACAUAGAUAUUGUUACUGUAGAUAAUUUUGACUUCUGGUUUAUGGGUUUCUUGAACUAUAAGAAAACCUUUAAGCAUCUUCAACUGGCAGUUUUCAGAACCCUAGAUGAUGAUAAACGAGUCACUUGCUAGUUGACUUAGAAUUGUCAUUUUACAAAUGUUUGCUUCUACCAAAUUGUACAUUAGAAAGAGAGAUGUUCAAUUGUAUUAAUACAAUCUUGUUUAUCAAAAUAUGUG